AUAUAAAUAGUGACCACCUUACCAUCUUGGUCAUUCGUGGUCAUCAGAUCUCAGUUUCCUCAGGUUCUUUCCUGUUCACUCCUCAAGCAUUAUGAAAUUCAUCUUGGUACCUCUUUUCUUGGCCUCCGUUGCCAUGGCUGCCGAUAUGGGCAUGAACAUCGCCGGAGCUGCCUACAACUUUGGAUACAAUACUGGUGAUGCCGGUGGCCAUAGCAGAGUAGAAUCCGGCUCUGGUGGCACAGUCGCUGGUAGCUACAGUUACAUUGAUGCCAAUGGUGACAGACGAACUGUCCAGUAUUCCGCCGGACCCGGAGGAUACCAGGCUAGCGGUGAUGUUGGAGUGGACAGGAGGACAGCCGCAGCAGCAGCUGCUCUUGCUGCAAUUGCACCUAAGGCACCAGUCCCAGCACCUGCACCAGCCGCUGCUCCCUGGUACAAUCCAGUUCCUGUAGCACCCGCCUUUGUCGCAGGUCCAGCAGGUUACGUAGCCAAGUGGUAAACAGCUUCUUGUAGAUUUACGCAAUACUUAAAUCUCUGCAUGAAUUGCUCAAAAUCAUAUCAAAGCUUGGAUCUUGCGAAAUGUAAUUGGUUUCGAUGUUGUGCCUUAAAAAGAUCUGUGGUACACGAACUUUUGUAAAUAUGGAGAAGAGAAAUAAAUAGAUUUCUUAACGA